AUGGCUUCUCAAAGGGCUGAGCGUGAGAUGAAAGCGCCUGCAGGAGGGGAUAAGAAAAGGAAUCUGGCGGUGUCUGUUUCUACGUGUCCGGACAAGGAUGGUACAGAGGAGAGGCGAACGGACAAGCUAAAGCAGAUGAAGGAGUGGAAGAACCGUUUUGAUGAGUUUGUGUCGUAUACUCACACGGUACUUAACGACGUACUUGGCGAUACUCGGUCAGAUGCGACCUCGGAGUUGAAUAGCCGACCGGUAAAUUCUCCGUCAGGUAACGGUGGUAGCCGUUGCAGCCCUCAACAGCGCACGCUUGGUGCCGAUCCGCCAUCAAUACAGAGCUCUUCGCAAAUCGUCCCCGAAAAAGACCCCAAAUCCACAGGCUCUAAUAAACCGCCUUCAGUGACGGAUCCUAAAAGAAGGGUUUACACUUCGUUGACCGAGCCUCCCCGAAACGUCAGGCAGUGCAUGGACUGGUUGAUAGCCCUGAAGGGGAAGGAUGGUACAAAGAACAUUAAGGCUUUGGGUGAGGCAGUUUACGAUUUCCUCGCAGACAAGCCUGUAGGAUACACUAGGGUGCCAGCUCUCGAGGAAAUUAAAGAGAUCGUUAAGCAGUUCCUGAAGCAAAAGCAUAUUAGGGGCGAACCAUCCAUAAGGGAGAUGCUGAGCAAAUAUGAGGCUUUGCGUAGUCUUGGAGAUCCAUGUAUCGAUUGCUUCUAUUACAUCGAAGACCAUUAUGAGAACAUCAUACAGACCGAGCGCAUCACUGCUAAAACAAUCGCAAAGUACUUAAGCGAUGUUGUGAGUGGUUGUGAGCACUUCUUGAAAUUUAUCAUAAACCCUGACCAGUAUAUUUCUGCUUACUCGCCAGAUGCGACGUGGGAUGCGUCAUGCGCGAAGGAUGCGGAAGCGUAUGCGAUCAUAUUUGUUGGGAUUGCGCCGAUGUUAUACGCAGGCCUAGAAUUGUUGAUGUCGGAAUGCGAAAUUGCGUAUGAUAUGAUACCUGAUUGUGAAUUGUUGGAUCGUAUGCCAUACGCGUUAAGAGUUUUUGGUUUCGUAAAGCGGGAAUACCGCGCUAGGAUCUGCUUUGUAGAUCUGAAGAAAGCGUUGAGACGCUUGGAGUUAUGUGAAUUGGACACUCUCUACGACCUCUCUGGAUUUUGGGCGUUCUAUGAAGCUAAAAACUAUUCAGCAACAGAUACAUCAUCAUCAGGUCACGAAUCCUCAGAAUCUUGCAAAACUGUAGAAGCAGAUCAACAAGAGCAGAUUCUCUGCCCGGAUCCCCACUCAGCAGCCGUCAACGAACUCUCACGAAACAUUUCUAAUUUAUGA